GGACUUUCUGGCUGGAAGGAGGGAGGCUGGAGGUUGGUGUGUGAUACAGACAAGAAGCCCCGUCUGCCCCUAAAGCUUGCUGCAGAGAAGUCUCUGGAUGCUGUUUGCCCGCCCCCACUUCCGCCGUCUCCUUCCCAGGCCUAGACAGGUAACCAAGAAGACCGAGGGAUGGAUUUCUGAAGAAUGAACGUGAAGAGAACGUGGCAGGCGGAAGAAGAGGCAACACCGCCUGAUGGAGCAGGAGGGGCAGGUUGAGUGCCAUGUGGUGCCUAGAGAAGCACUGGCUGAGAGAAGAAGCCCUUGAGUCCAGUGCUGCUGCUGCUGCUGCUGCUGUGGGUUUCCUGGGGGGCCUUAAUUAAGCAAGCCAUUCUUGCUGCCCCUUGGCUCUCAGUCCACAGUCUGAGGACAAUCAUACCUGUCUCCUCUCCGUCUGCCUUUACUGGGUUGUCGUAAGGACUCUUGAGAGGAUGUUUGGAAAGAGCUUGGAACACCCUUAAGGUGCUCUGUGAAUGUGAAGGGCUCAACUAGAGGUCACGUAGGAACCUGUGGCUGGAGCUGCCCACAUGUUUGGAUCGGGAUCAUGGCUCAGAACUGCAGGAUUACAUGAUCGGGAUCACGGCUGAGCACUCCAGUGUGUUUGUUUGCUUGGUGAAGACUGCCGUUCCAAUAUAAACUGCUCUUUGCCCCGACUGGGGAAACAUACAGGCACACGGAGGCUUUUUAUUGCUCCAAGAAGGAAGAUUUGAAUUGGCAAGUAAAUGGAAGAACCCACAAACAUCCCGAGGUAUAGGAAUGCGCUCAGAACGGUGGCCUGUGGCUGAAGCUUUAGGAUAAUUUCAUUCUAGGACUGGAUGGAGCUACAAAGAAGAUGGUGGACAUUCUAAGUGAGAUGAAAGCCUUGAUGUCCUUGAGCAACUGAGGAAGACUCAGUCCUAAGGAGCGAGGUGGGGGAGUUUGCUGCUACAGACCUGUAGAUGCCAGACACCUCCAGUCAACUUGAUAGUGCCUCUGAUUUGAAAAGAGCUUCCCAGAGAGGACAGCAGCACGAUGUACACAUUCCUGCCUGAGAACUUCACGCCAGCGAAGCAGAAGCCAGCCAGGCCUCUGAUUACUGCAAUCCUGGUUGGGCUGCUCUUGUUCAUUGCGGCCAUAGUGGCAUGGGGCUACUAUGUGGCUUCUCUUCGGAAAGCAGAGAGGCUGAAGACAGAACAGAUGGACCUCAAGAAGGAUGGGUUCACCAUCAAAAACCAGAAUGGAGAAAUUGUCUUCAUGGUGGCCUUCCAGUCAGGAAAACUUGACCUGGAGUCGUGCUCCAAAGAGGAGGAAAUUCUCUCUUGCUCCAGGACAGACAAAGGGAAACUCAAUUUUUUCAUACAGAUUGUCAAACCCAAAGACACCGUCAUGUGCUACCGUGUCCGCUGGGAGGAGUUUGUUGCGGACACAGUGGUGGAGCACAAGAUGUUCUGGGGGGAUGCUCAUUGGUACGGUGGUUGUGAGAUGAGUGUGCAGCACUGGCCAAUCAGGCUACCAGGCUACCAAGAGCCUAUGCCAUUUGUGACUAGCGAUGUGUAUUCUUUCAGGACUGGCUUUGGGGGCAUCUUGGAACGGUACUGGAUCUCAUCCAAAGCAGCGGCCAUCAAGAUUAAUGACUCGGUGCCCUUCCACCUUGGAUUCAAUGCCUCUGAAAGAUCCCUCUUCUUCCAGGCCAGGUAUAAAGAUUCUCCCUAUAAGCCUCCCCUGGGCAAGCAGCCUUUCCCGGAGCUGAGUUACCGUGUCUGCAUAGGCUCUGAUGUUACCUCCAUUCACAAAUACAUGGUGCGGAGAUAUUUCUACAAGCCUUCUAAGAUCCCCUCAAAAAACGCCUUCCGGUAUCCGAUCUGGUCGACCUGGGCUUUGUACAAAAAUGACAUUGACCAGGAGAAAUUGCUGCGCUUUGCAGGAAAUAUUAAAAAGUAUAGGUUUAACCACAGCCAUAUUGAAAUAGAUGACACCUACACGCAAUAUUAUGGUGAUUUUGACUUUGAUCCAGUAAAAUUCCCAAAUAAGACGGAAACUUUCAAGAAGCUCAGAGAAGACGGAUUUGAGGUCACACUGUGGACACACCCAUUCAUAAACUACAAUUCCUCAAACUUUGGGGUGGGGAUAGAAAGGCAGCUUUUUAUCAAAGAGCCAACAGGGAGGCUUCCCGCUAUGGUUGAGUGGUGGAAUGGCAUUGGGGCCAUAUUGGAUUUCACCAACCCUUCGGCCAGGGAAUGGUUUCAGAGCCAUCUGAGGCAGCUUCGCUCCAAGUAUGGCAUAUCAGCCUUCAAGUUUGAUGCUGGGGAGAUAAACUAUCUUCCCAAACAGUUCAGCACCUUCCGUCCCUUGUCAGAUCCCAGCAUUUGGUCCAGGCGCUAUACAGAAAUGGCCAUCCCCUUUUACGAGCUGGGUGAGGUCAGAGUUGGCUACCAGUCUCAGAACAUCUCUUGCUUCUUCCGGAUCAUUGACCGGGAUUCAGUGUGGGGUUAUGAACUUGGGCUAAAGUCCUUGAUACCGACGGUCUUGACUAUUAGCAUGCUGGGAUACCCUUUUAUUUCAGCUGACAUGAUUGGCGGGAACCUCUUUCCCAACAAGACAGAUGGUGCCUUGGAAAUCCCAGAUCGGGAACUCUAUAUCCGCUGGCUGGAAGUGUCUGCCUUCAUGCCUUCCAUGCAGUUCUCCAACCCACCCUGGCUCUACGACAGGGAAGUCAUAGAUAUUGCCCUGAAGUUCACGAGGCUCCACGAAUCUUUGGUUGCCCCACUCUUGCUGGAGCUGGCCGGGGAAAUCACUGACACUGGGGACCCCAUCAUACGGCCCAUCUGGUGGAUUUCUCCCAGCGAUGAGGCAGCACACAAAAUCGAUUCCCAGUUCCUCAUUGGGGACACCCUCAUGGUGGCUCCUGUCUUGGAGAGGGGCAAGCAAGAGCGGGACGUCUACGUCCCUGCUGGCAAGUGGCGCAGCUACAAAGGAGAGUUGUUUGACAAGACUCCCACCCUGCUGACGGAUUAUCCCGUGGACUUGGACGAAGUGGCUUAUUUCCAAUGGGUAGCCUAAUCCACUCCUGCUGCCACUGGCACCAGCUUCUAAGCUUUGUGAAAGUAACCAUGCCUUAUUGUAGGAGCGUAACAACAAAUACGUCUAAUCCAUCCAGGGGAGGGGAGGAGACGACUGGAACUGGCUGCACACAAUAGAGCAUUAAAUAUACUUAAGAUUUAGCUUUAGUUGUGUGAUCUAGAAGGGCUGCUCAGGAGUGUCACGAGAUUUGCCUACUGAAGCCGUUCUGCCCGCCCCCUGUUCAGAGAGCCAAGAGCAACUCCGUUCUUCUUGUGGUUGCUUGAUUGCAAUACAUGGAAUACAUAGGUUCUGUGUGGCUGUGGCCACUUGUAUUCCCACCCUUGGCAAUCUCCGUCCCACCCACAGUCUAGUGCCUAUGACUGGAUCUGAGCUACAGGCUACUAGUUAGAAGAUGCCGGCUGGGUCUCUCUUUAAGCUGCAUGGAGCUGUUGCCAUCCCUUUUCAAAGGUGAGCCAAGGAAAGUUUGCAGCCUAAAGAAUAUGUGCCCCUUAGAAAGGCUCCAUAGCUCAGGGGCAGAGCAGCUGAACACGGUUUGAUCCUCGGCAGCAUCUCGGCAGUGAAAAAGAUCUCAGGUAGCAAGUGAUGGGAAAGACCUUUCUCUGCCCAAAGCUUCUGAGUGCUGCUGCCAGCCAGAGUAGUCAGUAAUAAGCUACACAGGCCAAUGGUCUGACUCAGCCAUUCAGAGAGAUGGGCUUGUUUGUGUAUUUCAGAAGGUGUCCAGGGUUGCUACAGCACAACUCGCCUUAAGCUUUACAAUGCAGCAAGUAUUAUUUGAAACAACCUUUAUUUUCUAAAGAGGAUAAAUCCAAUUAUUAUAGGCACAGACAUAUAUUUUUCUCCUUGUCUGAUGUUGGACAAGGCUGGCAAAUAAUCUCUACAACAUUCCAUCCUCCUAUGGGUGUUGGGCUGGGCCGGUUACUCAGCUCUGGGGGGUUUGAACAGGAUGGAUUCUAGGGAGGCUGCAUGGCCAUGCCGUAGCCCAUCCCUUAGUGCUGGACGCCACCUUGCCCGAGAGAUGGUUGGCUAGCAAAAACACUUUGCUCUGGAGACGUUGCCCCGGCAGCAGUAGAUGUCUUUUAAAGAUACAUAUAAGGGGUUAAAGGUGUUCCUUUGGUACAUAUAUCUCCUGCUGCUGCAGUUCCUUCCGGGAAGUUUUCAAAGAUGCCUUUGGAGUUUUGUGAAGGGUUUUCUUUCAACUCCUCAACCCGUUCUGAGGAAGAGUCUUGGACGCCUCCAGACAGACUGCAGGUUCUUGUUGAAGACGCACACGAUGACGUAUGUUAAGGGGCCAGCUGGGAGGUGGGAGGGGGGCUUUGCUGCUGAUUUAUUAAUAGGACAUGGAAUUAAACGGUUCUCCCUGCUGUGCCAAAUGGGGAAGUUGUGGUUUCUUUUUCCAGAGUGUGAAUAUACAUUUAUAUCUUGAAGACAAACCUUAAGCUCUUUAUUGAUGCAUUUUAGCUGCAUGGAAAGCAGAUAUAUCUAGCAUGGCCCGAAAAUGAACCGCUCAGAAGCCCUUCAGCGGAGGAGGUUGCAUAAGCUUGGUCAGUGUCAGAGAACUGAAUACUCUGUUUACAUGUAUUUGCAUUAAACUAUACACACAGUGGCCAACAUAAUGCAGAACAUUCUGGUGCCAGAAUGUUCUGUACCAGGGAGAUGAUACACAGGAAGCCCCAGUCAGUAUUAUAAAAAAUAGUACUAUUUUUUUUCCCCAUUUGUGUGUGGAAAUUAGUUUUGUUCUGGGCAGCAGCAUCAAGGCGGUGUGCACACACAUGCAUUCAGGGUGGGGCCUUCCUGAUCCAACCUCAGCAGGAUCUAAAAUUAACUGAGCGGACAUCCAAAAAUGUGUGAGUGCUAGCACAUGUGCAUGCCUUAGAGGGAACACUGGCCCCAAUGCUGUUAUGAACGAGCGGUUCUGCAAAAGGUGCUACCACAUUUCACAAACACUGCUCUGGGAGUUGGGGGGGGGAGGUUGUCAGCUGUGUGAUGGUUACUAACCAGUAGGCACCUCCACAGCUGGCUUCUCCCUGUUCAAGCCGAUGCACUCCAGAACCCUGUAGAACUGGUUUCUUUCCCCCAGAGUUUACCCAAGGAUGGGGAAAGAGUGUGCAUGUUUGUUUAAAGAUUGUCAAAAUGGUUAUCAAACUGCCUGACAAGGCUAAAGUUGGUUCCUAAUUCUUUAUUUGUUACAGAGAUCAAAAAAUAAAAAAACCUGCAUGAGCAGGCUGAAAGGAGA